ACUCCGCGCCCUUGCGCUAGCAGUGCCAAAAGGCGCCCGCCCUGAUUGAAAAGGCGCAGUGCAUGCCCGGCCGCGUCACUCCGCGGGCGGAGGACGCACGUCGGGGCGCGGCUCCCUGGCUCGCGCGCGACUGCGGCUCUGUCGCUCGCACCCUGCGGAGGACCCCGCGCGCCCAAGAGCCUGCCUGGCGGCGGCGGCAGCAAUGCACGGAGCCGCCCGCGGUCCAGCCACCAGCGUGAGCGCCGAUUGCUGUAUCCCGGCCGGCCUGCGCCUCGGGCCGGUGCCAGGAACCUUCAAGCUGGGCAAGUACCUGUCAGACCGCAGGGAACCCGGGCCCAAGAAAAAGGUGCGCAUGGUGAGAGGGGAGCUGGUGGACGAGUCGGGGGGCUCUCCUCUGGAGUGGAUAGGGUUAAUCCGGGCAGCCAGGAACCCCCAGGAACAGACUCUGGAAGCUAUUGCAGACUUACCCGGAGGACAGAUCUUCUAUCGAGCGCUGCGAGACGUCCAGCCAGGGGAGGAGCUGACCGUGUGGUAUUCCAACUCCUUGGCUCAGUGGUUUGACAUCCCCACAAUUGCAACUCCUACACACGACGAGAAAGGGGAGGAGCGCUACAUAUGCUGGUACUGCUGGAGGACGUUUAGAUACCCCAACAGCCUUAAGGCGCACCUACGUUUCCACUGCGUGCUCAGUAGCGGCGCGGGCCGCGCCUACCUGCACCAUGAGCACGCCGCUCGUCAGGGCGCUGUCCCGGUCGCGGAUGGCCUUCGCCUCUCUCCGAAACCCCAAGUGCCCGACUUCGCCGCGGCCGCCCGGGUGGGCACUUUGAGGCCCCAACCGCAGGCCCCGCCGCCUGUCCAGGCCUACGUAGCGAGGGAGAGCAUCAAGCGGGAGGCCUCGGCGCCAUCGGCCACCUCCCCGCCCCCGGCCAAGUGGGGGCCGUCCAAGAAGGGCAAGGAGCAGCCGGAACGCGCCCUGGAAAUAAGCGGGGCCUCCGGGGGACAAGGCCACUUCCUCGGCAUCGUGGGCAGCUCCCCAGCGGGGGGUGGCGGCUUGGCCUUCUACCCCGGCGUGCGCUCAGCUUUCAAGCCCGCCAGCUUGGCCAGGGCAGCUGCAGCCGCUCAUGGCGACCCCUACCGGGAGGAGGGCGGUGGCAAACCUGGGGCCGGCCUAGCCUUAGGCAGACUGCUGGGCGGAGGUCGGGCGGGUGGGCGCCCAGGCAGCGGGGAGAACCCGGCGGCGGGCGGCGCGGGCCACCACCAUCACCACCACGCGCACCACCACCACCACCACCACCACCACCACCCUAAGUGCCUGCUCGCGGGGGACCCGCCGCCGCCGCCUGGCCUGCCCUGCUCCGGGGCUCUGCGCGGCUUCCCUCUGCUCCCCGGUCCCGCGGAAGAGGCGUCCGCCUUCAAGCACGUGGAGCGCGCCCCGCCCGCCGCGGCCGCCUCUCUGCCCGGAGCGCGUUACGCGCAGCUGCCCCCGGCCAACGGGCUGCCCCUGGAGCGCUGCGCGCUGCCGGCCCUCGACGCAGGCGGGCUCAAAGCCUACCCCGGUGGCGAGUGCAGCCACCUGCCCGCCGUCAUGCCAGCCUUUACCGUCUACAACGGGGAGCUACUCUAUGGCUCACCGGCCGCCGCAGCUUAUUACCCGCUUAAAUUGCACUUCGGCGGGCUGCUCAAGUAUCCGGAGUCCAUCUCCUACUUCAGCGGGCCCGCGGCGGCGGCAGCGGCCGCUCUAAGCCCCGCCGAGCUGGGCUCUCUGGCUAGCAUCGACCGAGAGAUCGCCAUGCACACGCAGCAGCUCUCCGAGAUGGCGUCCGGGAAAGGUCGCGGCCGCCUGGACGCGGGGACGCUGCCACCCGGCGUCGUGGCUUCGGGUGGCGCGGGAGGUGGUGGCAGCGGCGGCGGCGGCGGGGGCAAGCCCAAGACGGGUCACUUGUGCCUCUACUGCGGCAAGCUGUACUCGCGCAAGUAUGGGCUCAAGAUCCACAUGCGGACGCACACCGGCUACAAGCCACUCAAGUGCAAAGUGUGCCUGAGGCCAUUCGGCGAUCCCAGCAAUCUCAACAAGCACAUCCGCCUGCACGCCGAGGGCAACACACCCUACCGCUGCGAGUUCUGCGGCAAGGUGCUAGUGCGCCGCCGAGACCUGGAGCGCCACGUCAAGUCCCGCCACCCCGGCCAGAACCUACUCGCCAAGGCGGGCGACAGUUCGGGCACGGAGCCUGACUACCCUCGGGAGCCUGGGGAGCCCAAGAGCGACAACGACAGCGACGUGGACGUCUGCUUCACGGACGACCAGAGCGACCCUGAGGCCGGGGGCAGCGGCCAGCGCGACUCUUAACGAAGGAAGGGGUGUAUGUGGGAGGUGUGGACAGAGAGAAGUAAGGGUUCUGUACUGGGAGAAGAGGAGCUCCUGAUGGUGAGAAGGACCUACUCGACCAAACCGUUUUUAUUUUGGUGGAGCUCCAGAUUUUGGAACAAUGAGAAGUACCAGGUCCGAUGCUGAAACUCAGAGCAAAGGCUUAGAGGUGGCUUAAAGAAACCUGGCCUCCUGAGCAGCCUUCGGGGAUGGCAUUCCCGCGCUCCAGGUCUCUGGACUCUGCGGAUGGGUUUCCCCACAAACGCCCAGACCGUCGGCUCUCCAGGUUUAGGAUCACGGAAUGUGAACUUCCCAGCGCCCUUGAGGGCGCCAAUUUCAACUGCCACGUAUUUUAAAAUUGUUCUUUUCUGUGGAGGAAAUUGUGCCUUUUAAAAUGAUGUUUUUGUGUGUGUAUUUUACAGUAGCAUUUCACCGCGUAGGCAAUACAGUAGUCACAGUUGGGUAGAUGUGGCAUCCAUAUACUUGUUUCCAUUUCAUCUGUUCUGUCAAAGACUAUGUCUUGCGGCAUUUAAUACAGUGGUAGCAGGUGUACGAAUUGGUCAAGUUGCAAUUAUUUAUAAGAGAAUAAUGACAAAUGUAAAAUAUCUAAAGCAUGAAUUUAAGAGCACGCAAUAUAUAAUUGUAAAGAAAAUGUCCUAUUUGGUAGAGUACAAAUGUGAUGUAUGUUGUUUUAUAAUGAAUGAUGUACAGUGGAUUCGGUAUUUUGGUCUUGGUUCCAGUUUGUGCAAUCUUUAAUAAAAGUAAAGAUACAAACGAGA